UGCUUUGAAUAAACAAAACGAGGUAAAAACAUUUUUGUUUCUUGUAUAAUUUUGCGUAUUAUUACAGUUUAAUUAACUUUUAAUUAUAAAAAAAAUUUAGAUCUAUGUUAUAAUAAUAUCAAUUAAAUUAGUUUUUUUAGAUAAAUUAAUAAAAAAAAGAUUAUUUAAUAUUCUACGUGAUUUAGAAUAACACAUACCAGCAAAAUGAAGAAUCAAUUGCUAGUUUCUAUAAAACGCAGUACACGAUUAGCCUCUGUUCGUUUGGCUUCUAGUUCAACAACUAAAUUUGAUUGGGAAGACGCACUAAACUUAGAUAAAAGUCUUACAUCGGAAGAAGUUCUACUAAAAAAUACGUUUCGAGACUUUUGUCAAAAAGCUUUGUUACCUAGAAUACUAAAAUCUAAUCGUAAUGCUGUUUAUGAAAGAGAAGUUCUCAAAGACAUGGCUUCUAUGGGAGCUCUCGGUUGUACGAUUGGAGCCUAUGGUUGUACCAAAGUUUCUGAAGUUGGAUAUGGUUUAAUUGCUAGAGAAGUUGAACGUGUCGAUAGUGCUUACAGAUCGGCCUUAAGUGUCCAAUCAUCUUUAGUAAUGCAUGCAAUUAACGCCUAUGGUACAAAUGAGCAAAAGGAACAGUAUCUACCAAGGUUAGCUACCGCCGAAUUAGUGGGAAGUUUUGGGCUUACUGAACCUAAUGCCGGUAGUGAUCCUGGAAUAAUGGAAACUAAAGCUAUAUAUAAAUCAGAUAAAAAAUCUUAUGUACUCAAUGGAACCAAAACUUGGAUUACUAAUGCGCCUAUUGCCGAUGUAUUUAUAAUUUGGGCUAAGUGCGAAGACAAGCGUAUUAGAGGAUUUAUAAUUGAUAGAGAAAUGUCAGGAAUAUCAACUGCUGCAAUACCUGGCAAAAUGUCAUUAAGAGCAUCAAGUACUGGUACUAUAUUUAUGGAUAACUGCAUUGUCCCUGAAAGUAAUCUUUUGUCGUCUGUUGAAGGUUUAGCAGGUCCUUUUGGAUGUUUAAACCACGCUCGGUAUGGAAUCGCUUGGGGAUCACUUGGUGCAGCCGAAGCCUGUUUAUCAAUUAGCCGAUCAUAUUGUUUAGAUCGUAUUCAGUUUGGCAAACCUCUAGCUGGCACUCAACUUAUACAAAAGAAGCUCGCUGACAUGGUUACAGAAAUAUCCAUCGGGUUGGCAGCGUGUUUACAAGUUGGACGUUUAAAAGACCAAGGACUUGCAUCGCCGGAGAUGAUAUCAUUGAUUAAAAGGAAUUCAACCGGCAAAGCUCUUGAAAUCGCCCGAAUGGCUAGAGAUAUGUUAGGUGGUAAUGGUAUAUCUGACGAAUAUCAUAUAAUUAGACAUUUAGUAAAUUUGGAAUCUGUUAUUACAUACGAAGGAACUCAUGACAUUCACGCAUUGAUAUUGGGCAGAGCUAUCACAGGUUUACAAGCAUUUAAAUAAAUUGAACUGUAUUUUACAGUUCUUAAUAUAUUUGUUAACUGAUCAAUUUUUUUAAGGAUUAUUUUUUUAUUCUUAUGUUGUUAUUUUAAUAUAGUUACCAAAUAUAAAUAUACCAUAAAAAUCUUGAUACUUUGAUGAGGACUUAAUCUUAAUAAAUUAUUUAAAAUCACCAA